AUGACACUAUGCCUCCUAAGCGUGCUUUUAUUGCUGCUAGUGAUCACCGUGGAAUACGGCGACGAUGACGACGAUGACGGCGGGGUCGCGCGUUCGUCGCGGACGCGCAUUACCGGCAGCUAUGAUGACCUGGACGAUGGGACACGUGGCAGCGGGGGAUUGGACGACUUCUGGGGGCUGGGUCAGCAGGGGCAGGGCCGAUACUGCCGGGAGCGUGGCCAGCUGGCGGUGUGCCGGCCGCCCGACGCUGUGAUUAUAGCGGAGGGCGAUUUGGGCUCGCGUCUGUCAUCCGUCUGUUCCGCAGCCGCCCUGCUGCCAGCAGCCAACCUCACGGCGCUCGCCCUCUGGGUGCCCGAUGCCUACAUGCCGCACAUCCGCUUCUCCGACCUCUUCACUCUAACUGCCGCUGCCACUGACGCCUCUGGUACCCCCCCUCCUCCUGAUGUGGAAGGGCGGACCUUGCGUGCUGCUGCUGGGGGGGCCGGGGGGAGCGGGGAAGGGCUAAGCAGUGGUGGUGGAGUGGAGGCAAGAGGGGUAACGGACCUUGGGAAUGUCACAGAGGGAGGAAUGGGAGCCAACAGCAGCAGCACUGGAGGCGGGGGCGGCAGUGGCAGCAGUGGUAGCAGCGGUGGUGGUGUUGGUGGUGGUGGUGGUGGUGGUGGUGGUGAUGGAAGCAAGGGAAGGGGUGCGGGGCGGUUUGUGUGGGUAGAGGAGGCGAAUGAGACGGCUGCUCACUGGCGUCAGCUCCAUUCCCCCCCCCACUGCACCUGUUCCCGCCUGCCCAUCUGCCCGCCUGACCACCUGCCCGCAUUCAACCCCCCCACCCCACCCUUCUUCCCCCUUGUCCGUCCGCCUUCUCUCCCUCGCCCUGCCACGCCCAUGCCAGCACCUGCCUCCUCUCUCCCUCCUUCCCUUCCCCUCUGGCCCCUCCGCCUUCUCUCCCUCGCCCCGCCACGCCCAUGCCAGGUGACCAUCCGCGGGUGUCAGAAGCGGGGCGCCUCUCAGAAUGCCACUGUUGCCUUGCUCACGCUCAGCCUGUACCUCUCGCCCGCCUCCAUCAACUGGCUUGUGGUGAGUUCAGUGAGGGUGCACAAGGGUGCAGGUGGGCUGGAAGAUCCAGUCAAGUCGCUCACGCUCAGCCUGUACCUCUCGCCCGCCUCCAUCAACUGGCUCGUGGUGAGUGCUGCACUGCUGCCUGUGUGUGUGCAUGUGAGAACUGGUGAGGACGCGGUGAACCCAUGUGCAUUCGAACGCCGCAUGGCGGCAUGCAUGGCAGCGCUGCAGCCCGCCCCGCCUGUGGCCGAUCUGCUCCUGCAGGAAGAUGUCGGCCGCCUCAAGUCCGCCCUUGGCCUCUACCUCGAUGCAGAGCUGCAGCCCGCCCCGACCGUGACAGCACUGCUGCUGCAGGAGGGCCUGGGUCACCUCAAGUCCGCCCUUGGCCUCUACCUCGAUACGGAUGGCCCGGCUGCCGCAUAUCCGCCACCUCCUCUCCUUUUGAGGCGCCUCAAUAGUCACUCUGGCCCCUCCCCUGGUCUCUCCUUCUGCCCUCGUAUCACCCUCUCACAAAACUUUACUCAGGACCUCUCACUGGACGGCUGUCCCGGGUGCCCCAUAUCCGCCACCUCCUCUCCCCACCUCUGUGCCACGCGCCGCCUCGCCAUGUCCUUUCUCAAGCGCCCCUCGCUAGAUUUCGCCCUCGCCGCCCGCACCGCCCUCAACGCCGCCCGGAUUACCGACACCUUCCACCCCUCCCGCGCGCCGUUCGUGCUGCAAGCCACCCAAUCGCGCGCUGCCACGUGUCCCAAGGGGGAGAGGGCGGAUUUGGGGAAAGUCGGGGUGGAGGAGUGGAGGAAGGGAGGUGGAGGGGCGGGAGGAGGAGGAGGUAACGGAGGAGGAGCCGGAGAAGUGGGGGAAGGAGUGGAUGGGAACGGUGCUGCUGUUGCGGAUAAUGGAGUAAGGUUAAUAGUGGGAGGGAAUGGAACGGGAGGGGGAAACGGGACGGAGGUGAGGCAGCUGCUUAGGAAGAAGAGCCUGUCACCUGAUGAUCUCAUGCUCUGUGUCCGCCUGCAGGCAGUGGAGCUGUUUGCGCUCAGCAUGACCCGAGGACUCAUCUCCCUAAAGGCCGGCCUGGCCUCGCCACAAGCCAUGUUCAUCGCCGCCCACGGCGCCGCCCGCUCCGACCUCUUCCGCGUGCAGCGCCCCGUCUGUGACUCACCGCCCCUGCUGCCGCUCACCCAGCAGAAGCUCGCUCGAUUCACCAUCAUCGAAGAGUCCCUGAAGCUGGUCUACUGCGCAAUCCCCAAGGUGGCGUGCAACUCGUGGCUCAUGUGGCUGAGGGCGCGCCUGGGCCUGCCCAACCCAGAGGACCCGCUGCUGGCACUCAACGAGAAGGAGUGGGGCUUACACGAGCUGGCUUUGGACUUCACAGAAGAACAGGCGAUCCGCCUCAUGACCCGCCCGGACUUCUUCAAGUUCACCUUUGUGCGCAACCCCUUCUCGCGCAUUGCCUCGGCCUAUUCCAACAAGCUCGUACGCACCGACCGACCCAAGCUCAAGACCGGCACCGGCUGGGGCACCCGCCAGUACUGGAGCAACGCCUUCUUCCACGCAGUGAAGCCCAUGUACGAGGCAGUCAAGGACAACACAGGGCUUGUCUCCUUCCCGGAUUUCGUCCGCCUUGUUGGCAAGCUGCUGGCCAGUCACCGCGCUGACAUGGACCGCCACCUGGCGCCACAAGAAGACAUCUGUGCACUGGGCUCCAUCAAGUACGACUUCGUGGGGCGAUUCGAGCACCUGGAGGAGGAUGUCAAGACGGUGAUCGACAGGUUCGGCGGCGAGCACCUGGACGUGUUUAGGUUCGGCAAAGGGGCGCACUUCACGGAUACGGAUCGGCGCCUCGCGAAGCUGUAUGACAAGCCUGCCACGUCAUCAUCGCUGUCAUCAGCACAGCAGGCGCCGUCUGAGGGGAGGAAGAUAUCCUGCGAGGACAUUCAGCUGGUGCAGAACCUGAUCGAGCGGUGCUUGCAGCUGUACAUGAGUCAGAGGGAGGUGGUGUCCACGCUGCAGUACCAGGCCAAGAUCGAACCAGGCUUCACCAAACUCGUUACCACCCCUUGUUCUCCACCCCUCCCCACCCGCCUCCACCACUCUCCAUCCCUUUCCACCCCUCUCUGCAACCACUCUCCACCCCUCUCCACCGCAGUUUGGCAGAAGCUGGAGGAGCAGAAUCCCGACUUUUUCCGUUCCUCCACCAGUUCAGCACACUCCACCCUGUUACCACCCCGUGCUCUCCAUCCCUCUGCACCCCUCUCCACCCCUCUCCACCCCUCUCCACCGCUCUCCACCGCAGUUUGGCAGAAGCUGGAGGAGCAGAAUCCCGACUUCUUCCGCUCGUACCACAUGCGGCUGCGCCUAAAGGACCAGAUCCACCAGUUCAGCACACUCCACCCUGUUACCACCCGGUGCUCUCCAUCCCUCUGCACCCCUCUCCACCCCUCUCCACCGCUCUCCACCGCAGUUUGGCAGAAGCUGGAGGAGCAGAAUCCUGACUUCUUCCGCUCGUACCACAUGCGGCUGCGCCUAAAGGACCAGAUCCACCAUUUGGCAGAAGCUGGAGGAGCAGAAUCCCGAAUUUUUCCGUUCCUACCACAUGCGGCUGCGCCUAAAGGACCAGAUCCACCAGUUCAGCACACUCCACCCUGUUACCACCCCGUGUUCUCCAUCCCUCUGCACCCCUCUCCACCGCAUGAGGAUGGAGAGGAGUGUGAGGAUGGAGAGGAGUGUGAGGAUGGAGAGGAGUGUGAGGAUGGUGAGGAGUGUGAGGAUGGAGAGGAGUGUGAGGAUGGUGAGGAGUGUGAGGAUGGUGAGGAGUGUGAGGAUGGAGAGGAGUGUGAGGAUGGUGAGGAGUGUGAGGAUGGUGAGGAGUGUGAGGAUGGAGAGGAGUGUGAGGAUGGAGAGGAGUGUGAGGAUGGAGAGGAGUGUGAGGAUGGAGAGGAGUGUGAGGAUGGAGAGGAGUGUGAGGAUGGAGAGGAGUGUGAGGAUGUGCACGGCGCAGCUCCCCCUUUCAUGCACCCACACGCAGCCGCUGCCGCAGCAGCAGCAGCAGGGCACCACCCCCACCACCCGCACCACCCCCCCCACAUGCUCCACCACCCCUACUCCAUGCUUCCCCCAGGCCAGCAUCCCCCCCACAUGCCCCCCCACGUUCCCCCAGGCGCGCCCAUGCCUCCCCCCAUGAUGCCCGGAAUGCUUCCCCCGCACAUGCUCCCCUUUGGCCCGCACCCCCACCCCCACGCUCACCCCCACCCGCACGCCCACCCCCACUCCCACCCUGCUUCUGCUGCUGGUGGUGGUGGCGGUGGUGGUGGUGGUGGGGGGAAUGGUGGGGGGGGAGGGAGUGAGAUGGCGGUGAUAGGGGUUCCGUCCUCUGCUAAUGCUCAUGCUGCGGCGAUGCAAGCCCAUGCACAUGGGAUGGCCCAUGCCCAUGCGCAUGCCCAUCCGCAUGCCCAUGCCCAUGCACAUGCCAUGACCCAUAUGGCCCAUGCUUCAAAUACCUCCGCUGCUGCUGGUGCUGCAGCAGGGAGGUUCGAUGCAAAGGGGGAGAUGGGGGCAGCAGGGGGGGCGGGGGCUGGAAGGGCAGAGGGGGGGGAGAUGGGGGCUCUAGUCGCGGAUGGUGCAGGCGCGGGGGGAGGAGAGGCUGUGGAGAUGGGGGGAUUCGCGGAAGGAGGGGUGGGGAUGGGGGGAGAGGAUGGAAUGGGGGGCAUGGGGGGCAUGGGGGGCAUGGGGGGGACGGGGGGAAUGGGGGGGACGGGGGGAAUGGGCAUGGGGGGGAUGCUGAAGCUUGAGCCAGUGGAGGGUAUGGAAGGGGAGGAUGGGGAGAAUCUGGAUCUAGACGUGGGCAUGGAGGAGGGGGGUGGGGAGGAGGCGUUGGGAGCAGGGGCAGGAGGAGGAGGAGGAGGGGGAGGAGGAGAAGGAGGGGGCGGAGGAGAAGGAGGGGCAGGAAGGGCGGGGGCGAGUGAGGAUGAUGAUGACAUGGCAGGCGUGGGCGGUGCUGCGGAGCUGGACAGUGACGGGAGUGACAUGGCAUUUCCGUUUGGCUCGGUUGAUCUACCCUCUCCUCCUUCAGGCCCUCUCCUCGCUGUGGGGAGACUUUUGAGCCACAUGCUGGGGCUGCUGCCGGGCUCUCCACCUUUCAUGAAUGCCGACGAUGCUGACAUGCCAAUCAGCCCCACCUAUGCUUUCCCAUGCCUCCACUCUUCCCCUCCUGCCCCUCCUUCCCUUCCUGCCCGCCCUUUCCUCCCCCAGGCGGCCACAUGCUGGGGCUGCUACCGGGCUCUCCACCUUUCAUGA